AUUUAUAUGUUUAUAUGUAUAAAAAUGUGAUGCUGGAAAAUUUGGUGAUCAAAAGUAUCUUUCUUUGGUGAUCAUUUGUAUCUAAAAGCGUUUGGUGAUCAAAAGUAUCUUUUUUUGGUGAUCAAAACAAUUGACACCCAAGGUUAACUUUCUUCUUGAAAUUUCAGUAUACUCCUAGUGAACGUGAUUUUGAUUUGAGCUUUGAGUGUCGUGCACUUAACCCAAAAGUUGGUCGUCAUUCAAUUACAUUGCAAAAAGCGAGUCCACCUCGUGCCGUUUACCCAACCGAAGCAAAACCGUUGGCAAAUGCUACCGAACUUGUUGUUCAUCCUCCAGAGACCAGUGAUCUACCGCUAGUUCAAUAUAUUGUUAAUUAUGAACAAAUUGGAGUGAAUCGACCAAAUUCCAUGAAAACAUUGAAGUUUCCAGAUAAUUAUAGACAAUUUAUCAACAUUCUAGCUGAAACACGUGCUGGUGUUGGUCAAUCAAAAGCGCCAGUUCGUUUGAAAACACUUGAUCGACAAGUGCCACAAUUUAAUCUGUUAUCUAGUACACUUGAAGAUCAAAUGUGCAUGGAUGAUCGGAAAUGUUUAAUAAAAUGGUCCAUUGAAUCAGAUGGUGGUGCACCAAUAUCAAAAGCCGAAAUUUUGUAUGCAAAAUCUAAAGAUAAUAGUGGGUUGGAAAUUAUGGAAACUCUUAGUGAACCACAAUCGAUUGAUCUUCUGAAAACAGUAUGA